AUGGCUGAAAGAGUGCUGGUGAUUGGCGGCGGUCCUGGGGAGCAGGUCUUCUCCACGAAACUGGCACAGUCUGGCCACGUGAAACAGGUAUUCAUGGCUCCAGGCAACGCAGCAACUCCAGACACUGGGAAGAUCUGUAACUCAGCUGUAUUAAUCAGUAACCCGGCUAUCUUAAAGCAGUUCUGCAAGGACCACAACAUUGGACUGGCAGUAGUUAACCCCGUUUCACUUCUCACUGCUGGAAUUAUCGAUGAUCUGACUGCUGCUGGACUGAGAUGUUUUGGACCUACUGGAAACGCAUCUCAGCUAGAGGCCAAUAAGUGUCUUGCCAAAGACUUUAUGGAUCGGCAUGGCAUCCCAACAGCUCGCUGGAAAUCCUUCACAAAUCCUCAUGAAGCUUGCAGAUUUAUUACCUAUUCAGACUUUCCUGCGCUGGUGGUAAAACCUAAUGGUUCGGCAUCUGGAAGAGACAUACACAUCGCCAACGAUAAAGAUGACGCCUGCAGAGCCGUGCAACAUCUCACACAAGACUGGACGCUGGGUACACAAACAGAAAUGUUUAUUGUUGAGGAGCGUCUGGAAGGUGAAGAAUUUUCUUGCUUGGCGUUUACCGAUGGGAACACGCUUGCUCCCAUGCCCCUCGUACGACUCCGGAAAGGACAGACACAUCAAGAUGAAAAUUUACAAGCAGCAGUUACAGGAGCGUUACGUCCAACAACUAAGGAAACCAAAGACAUUCUCCAGAAUAUUGCUGACGCUGUAAAGCAGGAAGGAUGGCAAUAUGCAGGUGUUAUAGGCGCCAGAGUGAUGUUAACCGGAGAAGGUCCUUUUAUUCUUGGGCUCAAAUGCACUUUCUCAGAUCCGGAUACCCAGGAGUGGCCGGCCGUCCAAAACUCCUCCAAGAGCAUCGACGACUCAUCCAGGAGGUCACAGAAGGACCCUGACCUAAAGCUCAAGCGCAGGAUGAUUAUUCUGCCGCUGCUGAAGUCUGAUCUUUACGAAGUGAUUGAAGCCGCUAUUACCAGGAAGCUUCACAGCUAUUCACCAGAGUGGGUGCGGGACGGAUCUGCCGCUAGCGCGAAACGCGUGGGUUACCCUCCGGGGAAUGAAACACAAUGCACAGAUCAUGGUCCGGAGAGCCCCCACUCCGGCCAGCACUACAUUGAAGUGGUGAUGAGCGGCAGAAGAGAUCUUAUAUCUGAGCGAGGUGACCUCGCGCCCUCUUCAGACGUGUGCGGUUUGUGUUGGGAUAUCAGAAAAUAUGUUGGAUAUUAUGAGUUGAACUCAGCUCUGUAUAAAGAUCCAGUUUUUCUAUGUACAACCAACAGUGCUGGAAGUAAAGCUAAGGUUGCCCAUGUCCAUGAUCGGCAUGGUUUAGUGGCCCAGGAGCUGGUGGCGGUUUGCAUGAAUGACCUCCUGUAUCAGGGAGCAGACACCCUCUUCUUCAUGCCUCACUUGGCACGAGGGCGACUUCAAGCAAAUGUGGCCGAGGAGAUCUCUGACGGAUUUGCGACAGUUUGUAAAACGGCUGGGGUGACAUUACUCGAGAGACAAAGUGUGGAUGAUCCCGACACUUACCCCGAUGGCUUUUACAGCCUCACCGGAUGUGCAGUGGGGGUAACGGAGAGGAGACACAGACUUCCGAGGAUGGAAAACAUGACAGAAGGGGACAUACUUAUCGGUGUAUACUCGUCGGCGGUGCAUUCCAGCAGCGUGGGUCUAAUAAGAAGGAUAAUGGACAAACAUUCCCUCAAAUACUCCUCCUUGUUACCGCUCCAGAACGAAGACCUCACCUGGGGUGAUUUGCUUUUGAAUCCAACCAAGAUGUAUGGUGCAUCGCUGCUUUCUGCUGUUCGGACCGGUUGCACCCGGGCAUUCAUUCCAGUUACAGAAGGUGGACUCAAAGGAAGCAUCCUUAAGGUCCUACCAGACUCUAUCGGAUUUAUUGUAGAUGCUCUGUGUUGGAAGAUCCCAUACAUCUUCUCCUGGUUGUACAAAGAAGGUGACCUUUCAGAGGAGGACAUGAUCUCAAGUUUUAACUGUGGCAUCGGAGCCGUGCUAAUAGUGCAGAAGAACAUGUCCCAGCACGUCCUCGAAGAGAUACAGAAGGAGGACGAGGCCUGGUUAAUCGGGGCCUUAACCCACCAUUGCGAAGGUUAA